AUGAGCAGGCCGGAAAGGCGCAAAAGACAGCAGAGGGCAGGUGGUGAGGGUGGUGGUGAGGGCAGCAGGAAGGCAAGUGGUGGGCAGGGCAGCAAGGGUGGGAAGGGAAGCAAGGGCGGGAAGGGUGUGAAAGUGACCGGCAGCGGGAGCGCCAAGGGCAAGAAGAAGGCAGAAAACCCGGCGAGAGUACACGGACUGCCGCCUCCGCCCAUGCCCAGUGAUGAGGACCCCCCGGAGACCAUCUUCGUCAGUGACAACCAGUGCACCCUGUGCAGGGGCCACAAUCAGGCAUGGUGCAUCCAGAUCAACAACCAGGCCUGUACCUGGUGCAAGGCAAAGAAGACCAAGUGA